AUCCACAGGUGGCUGACACCGGCGUCAGCAGCAACGACGUAGCGGAGACAUCCCGCACGCACACACUUACGUACGCGAUUGUGCCUCGCGAACAUGGACGCGGUGAGCAAGGACAGCGGUUUCGCGGCGCUCGACCACGAUGACAACGAGGACGUGGUGGUCAAGACCGCCAUCAACGGCGAGGCUCCGCCGGCGGUGAAGACCACGCCAGCCGACGUGCCGCCAGCGGCAGCUGCCAAACCUGUAAACGGCGCCGCAGGCGUGUCGGCGCCGUCCACUAAGCCGGAGCAGAAUGGCAAGCCAGUAGACGGUCCGGCGGACAAGCAGGGCGUGAGUGAGCCAGGCAAACCAGGUGAGGUCACAGGCCCUGUGCCAGCAGGUGGAGGAGCAGGAGCCGCGAACGGGGCGCACGAGGGCCAGGCACAAGCCGCCAAGCAGGAAACGAAGCCGGACGAGAAGGACAAGCCCCAGGAAAAGAAACCCGAGCCAGGGAAGCCCGGCGAAGAGAAGGAAACUAAGCCAGAGUCAAAGCCAGUCGAAAAGCCAGAGUCAGCGAAGAAAGAAGAGGCGAAGACAGAGGAAGUAAAGGCGGAAGCGAAACCAGAAGAAACGAAAAAGGAACAGGUAAGCAAACCAGAAGAAGCCAAGAAACCAGAAGAGACCAAGAAACCAGAGGAAGCCAAGAAACCGGAAGAAGCCAAGAAACCGGAAGAAGCCAAGAAACCAGAAGAGACAAAGAAACCAGAGGAAGCCAAGAAACCAGAAGAGCCAAAGAAACCAGAAGAGGCUAAGAAACCAGAAGAAGCCAAGAAACCAGACGAGACCAAGAAACCAGAAGAAGCCAAGAAGGAGGAGAAGGCCAAGCCGGAAUCCGCCAAGGAGAGCGCAAAGGCCGAGACUCCCAAACCAGAAGAAAAGCCAAAAGCCGAGGACAAAGCCGUGGAAGACAAGUCGACAGCCGACGACAAGAGUAAGGUAGAAGAGAAGGCGACCAAGAAGGACAAAGCAAAGGACGAGAGCAAAGGAGAGAAGGAAGAGGAAAAGGAGGCGGGGAAGGGCACGUCGGCGUCCGUGGAAGCUCUUGGGUCAGAGGAAGGUCAUGAUAGCGGCGUGGAUGAAUCAACACAGGCCAAGGAGAAUGGGCAGGCCAGGUCCCCCUCGAAGGCUCCCAAAGGAUCUCCAAGAAAGAGGAUGCCUCGUUCCUCCGACCCAUCCCCCAUGAAGCGAACGCCACAGUCCACUGCCUCUGCUGAGCGUAAAGUGCCGAUGAACAAGAUUGAAGUUGGCAAAACCGCUUCCCCGAAUCUGAAGGCCGUAAAGUCGAAGAUUGGGUCGAUGGAUAAUGCCACUUACAAGCCAGGCGGAGGAAAAGUCAAGAUCGAAUCCAAGAAACUCGAUUUUUCCAAAACCUCGAGCAGGAUCUCGGCCAAGAACGAAGCCUAUACACCCGGAGGAGGCGAGAAGAAGGUAAAUAUUGAAUCCCAGAAACUGAAAUGGACAGCAACCAGCAAAGUUGGCUCCCUUGACAACAAGGACCACAAGCCUGGCGGUGGCGACAAGAAGAUUGAGACCCAGAAGCUGAACAUUAAGGCCCAGUCCAAGAUCGGCUCGAAGGACAACUUGAAACACAAACCUGGCGGUGGUGAUAUCCAGAUUGAGCAAAAAAAACUGGACUUCAAGGAAAAGGCAUCCAGUAGAGUAGGCUCACUUAAUAACGUUAAGCACAAAGCUGGAGGUGGCGAUAAAAAAAUAUUUGAUGACAAGGAUUACCUCAGGCAGAUGCAAGGCUCACCCUGCAAAACACCCACCAGUAAGGCCUCAUCAGAAGCCAAUUUGUCUCGAACACAGAGCCCAAGCCCUGGACUGACCUCACCUGCACCUCAGGAUGGACAAGCCAGUGCCAGCGGAGAGGUGACCCCUGCAGAGGGAGCUCUGUCCCCUUAAGAAGCUACUUGUGAACCUCAUUCUGAAUCAGGGUUCAUCAUUUGAUCAUAAAAUAAUGAUCAACAGUGGCUUCUUUGGAAAGGGAAAUUAACCGUGAUAAGUGCUUUGUGAAGUUCCAUAUGCUGUCUCAUGCAGAUUAUGACAGUGGAGUUUCCUUUCAGUGUUAAAUAGAUAAAACAUUCAUUGCAGGAUGCAGUGUCAGAAUACGGUGAAUCACCAUAGAUUUCUUUCUCCCGUAAAAGGCAAAUUGGAUCUUUUUUUUUUUACAAGACUGAAAGAAAUGCUUUGUGUAAGGAUAUUUCUGUCCACUGCACAGUCUGUUUAUAUGCAUUCCAUGUCAGUCCGGUUAUAUAUAUGUUAAUUUAACUUGCGGGAUGCAUGUCAACAAGUGCUAAUGCAGCUACUUUUGAUACAUGGUAAGCCUGUACUGUGAGGUUGAUAAACAUCUGUUUGCUCUUUUCCCUUAUAGAGAUUUACAUGUUAUAAUUUACCUACCAUGACAAGUAUGAUUAUAUAAUCUAGCCUGAGUACUUGCUCAUGGAAUAGUUUCUAUAGCUUGUUGCACACACCAAUAUAUUUUGGUUAGGAUACCAUUUGCUGACCCUUGUCAAAAAGAGCAAUAACAGUGGUAAAGGUUCCAUGUUGAUGAAGCGUUAUAACGUCUUCUGUAGGUAUAAAACUAGCUUUCAAAGGCCAGCCUCUUUUAGUUAUGUAAACUGUGUCAGGCGUCCAUGAUUUUGAUAUUCGUUCAUGGCAUGUUAACCAACUUGUGCUGUAGAAAACUAAAGCCUAUCUUGAUGUAUAUUUAAUAUAACUUUUAAUUUGUCCUUCAUGUACUUGCUUCUAACAGAUAUGGCUGACAAAAUUAGCAAAGUUUCCAUGCAUUCUUUUUACUUAUACUGUAUAUGUUUGAGGUUUGUUUUUAAAAUUGUGAUGUCAUGAGUCAUACCUUUAUAGGCAGUUUGUCCAGAAACUAGCUACUAGGCUUUCACUAUUCCUCAAAUCUUCCAGAUGCAAAUCAAAUUCUUGGAUACAUUUCUAUAUGGUCUUAAAGCUAGAAUAAGGAAGCUUUUAUUCCAAUAUGCCUUGUAAAGAUUGGUGAAGAUGACUCCAGUUACUUUUCUUUCCCUGCUGCUCCCCUGUAGGUGAUCCAUGAUUGGGUGAUCAUUUUGUAGAGUCUGUGCGAACUGGAAUCAAGAGGUUCAUUACGCUCUACCAAGUGUUCGUCUGUCAGUCUUAAUGCAUUUUUUGCCAGCAGGUGAAAAAGUAGCCAUCUUAAAUGGAGUUAAAUAUCUGAUUGUACUAUAAUCAAGCUGCAAAAGGACUGUUCAUGGAAACAAUAAAAUUAUAAUACUGUUCAUGCAAAGCUUUUAAGAUACAGAAAGAUAUAACAACUGACUGUACUCUUAAUUAAUUUAAUUAUCACUGUCAUGCAUACAUUUCUUUUCAUGCAUUACUAAGUCAUGCCAUUGUUUCAGAUUUUUCUAGAGAACUGUCUAAAGGUCUUGAAUAAGGAGUUUUCUCCAGUACCAAGUUCUUUCAAUACCCUUGUGACUUCUGUUUCCCUUGGGUUUAUACACUUUAUUUUCAAUUCUCACUCAUCAAAAUUUAAUAAGAAUUAGAUCACAACUUCUUAAUAAGUAUUUUGUUCUUUGCAAAUAAUUUCUUUGAUGUGAACAUUGUACACAGUUGGAAGAUCAAGAGCUAAAACUGGGUGUAUAACUCAUCAGACGGGGGUCAUGUUUGGUACGGUACUCUGGCUGUAAACACUGAGGUAGAAUUGAAAAGCUUUAUGUGAGGGUCUAAAGCUUUUUAACCAAUGCUUUAUCCUGGACACAGUAUGCUGUUGUUCUGAGCUCUCAUGUCUUGGUAUCCACUCACCAUUUCACCAUACCUCAUGUAAUGCUUUAAGGUUCUCGCAGAAGGAGCAGUUGUCACCUCACUUCCCUGUGUUUUGCAUCAGACUUCAAGUAUUCUGUGUCAUUAUAAGGAAAAGAAUAAAAAUUA